AUGGGGCGUAUGGACAUAGACAAGUUUCGGUAUCUUCAGAAAGAUGAUUUCCGAGUACUGAUUGCUAUUGAAAUGGGUAUGAAGAAUCACGAAGUUGUCCCACUACCGCUAAUUUCGGCAAUAGCAGGAAUUCAUCGAGGAGCUGUUGCACGAACUUUGAUUGACUUGUGUAAACACGCUCUCGUUGCUUUUGAAAGAAGUAAAAAAUUUGAUGGUUAUCGUCUAACUGUACUGGGCUAUGACUUCAUCGCAUUGAAAGCGCUGUGCAUGCGGGAUGUCGUAGGAAGUGUGGGCAAUCAAAUUGGUGUUGGAAAGGAAUCAGAUGUAUAUGUUGGUGGCGAUCCUGAUCAAAACGACCUGUGCUUGAAGUUUCAUCGACUAGGUCGAACUUCAUUUCGUAAAAUCAAGGAGAAACGCGAUUACCAUAAAAAACGAAAGUCUGCUUCGUGGUUGUACCUUAGCAGGCUCGCUGCAGCUAAGGAGUUUGCGUUCUUGAAGGCAUUAGCUUCGCGUGGUUUUCCCGUUCCUAAACCUGUGGAUGUUUGUCGCCAUCUCGUGGUGAUGAGCCUUGUUGAAGGGAAAACUCUCUACCAUGUCGAUCGUGUUGAAAAUAUCGAAGUACUCUACAACAGAUUAAUGGCACUUAUUGUAAAGUUUGCGCGUCAUGGCCUGAUUCACGGAGACUUCAAUGAGUUCAAUGUGAUGCUUUUGGAGAGUGAACAAGUUGUGGUGAUCGACUUUCCUCAAAUGGUAUCUAUCACUCACCAAAAUGCGCAGUUCUAUUUUGAGCGUGACGUCGAAUGUGUACGAACUUUCUUCCGACGAAAGUUCAACUAUGAUAGCGAAGACUAUCCUAAAUUCAUGGAUAUUGAACGUAAGUACCAUUUGGACGUGGAGUUAGAAGCCAGUGGAUUCACUAAGCAAAUGGAAAUUGACUUGAAUAAGGCCUACGACAGUGGAAAUUUCUUAGCGCACUGUGAGGACUCUGAAAGAGAAGAGAAUAUUUCCUCAUCAUAUGAAUCCGAAUCGGAAUGCAGUACCAUCUCCGAUGUCGGUGAAGAUAAGGAAGGACUACACAAAGAGGAGGAAUUACGGGAAAAUGGGGUUAGAAUUUUCGCGAAACUACUCUCUCGAUCGGAAAGGUUUACAAAUUGGUUGGGAGAAGCUACAUUACAACUCGAACAUUUAGUUGUGGAGCAGAUUGGGUCCAGUGAAGAUGAGCAUCCUAUGUUCACUGAUACGAAUAGUGCUGAAAAAGUACAGGGAGAGUUAAUAGCUUGUGAACCGAACAUUCAAACUGAAGAGUGUCCUGAAUCGGAGGCUGGCAUUGGAAAAACUAAUAAAAUUCGCGUAAAAGGCAAACAAAGCGCAGUACAACGUGGGCGGAAGGAGAAUCGAUUCACAAUAAACGACUAUAAAGGCUGGAUAUGA